CUUGAAAUGCAAAUGGACCAACUAAGCAUUACAGAUUUAGAAAAUCUCAUUGCACAUUUCUACAACACGAGUAAUGCUACUGCAGCUAAACAGAUUCAAGAGCAACUUCAGAUAAUACAAAGGCAGCCUUAUGCAUGGGAUUUGGCAUCACAAUUAUUAGCUUCAGAGUCAGAUCACUGUAGGUUUUUUGGAGCCCACACCUUUCAAAUAAAGAUAUCUCGCGACUGGGAGACGUUACCAGAAGACAAGAUAGAGUGGCUAAGAAACGAACUUUUAGGAUGGGUCGUUCGUUUGUGUACUGGACCCGCGUUUAUAACAACUAAACUCUAUACAGCUCUUAUUGCGUAUGCAUUUUAUACUGUGCCUAGUCAUUGGACAAGCUUCAUACCAGAGACGAUCAAGGUAUUGCAAAUGGGAGCUCAGAUGUAUCAGAUACCUACAGACACAAUAAAUAUGGCAAUACUUGAAUUCUGUACUCUAGUGCCAGAGGAAGUGAGUAAUGCACAUUUGCUCGGAGGAAGAAAGCUACAAUUAAUUGGUGAAUUGAAGGAAAGCGUUCCUCUUGUUUUGGCUCAGUUGUCCAACUUGAUCUUUUCAGAAAAUGAAACCGUACGAUCUAAAGUACUUCGAUGCUUACAGAGCUGGGUACAAUAUGGUAUUAAUCUAGAAGAUACAUAUCCAUUAUUACAAAGAACUAUGGCCAUGCUGGGAGAUGAACAAGUAUUUGAACAGGCAGUGGAUGUAUUAUUAGAAUCUAUGCAGCAGAAUGCGUGGAGUAAAUAUCAUACUUUACGAAACGACUUACUUUUAUGUUUUACGAGCCAUGAGAUGAAGGCAAAGUUCAGUUUGAGUAUAUCAGACGACGACGAGGAAACAGCAAGGCUAUUGGCUAAAUUGUUCUCCACUUAUGGAGAGACAUAUACAGACUAUAUAGCCAAGGAGCUAGUUGACCCCAACAUCCAGUCAUUGAUGAGCAUGAUUAUGCGAUUAACAGGAUUUGAAGGCUACUUUCCUGCAGAUCAAGAGGUAUCAGAGAUUCCACUAAAUUUUUGGUAUAUACUGCAAGAGACCCUUCAUGACGAAAGUGUAUUACCGCCUCCCAAGGAUAACCCAAAGCUAUGGAACUGCGCACAAUCUGCAAUUGCAAUGUACCGAGAGCUUGUAGUUAUUCUUAUAAAGAACGCACGGUAUCCAGAUGAUGACACAUGGAACUCAUGGAAUAAAGAUACCAAGGACAAGUUUAAAAUAUGGAGAAGAGAUUUGGGUGAUGUGAUGAUUAAUCCUUAUUAUGUGUUAAGAGGAGACAUGCUUGCUAUCUUGUUAGAAUAUGCUUCAAGUAUACUUGAUCAAUGGGCUUUUCUUCCUACAGCAUCUCAAGAAUUAGAAGCAGCUCUGUUUUCCUUAAAGAGCAUAUCUGAAGAAGUAUCUCAUGAUGAAAAUGAACACGUUCCUAGAUUCUUUGAUGUCUUGGCAAGAUUGCCUAAUGAAUGUCAUAUCCGUUUGAAGAAUACGGUACUCUUGCUAUUAGGUUCAUUAUCUGAAUGGCUCAAAUUGCAUCCAGUAUUCCUCGGAUCCGUCAUGAAUUAUAUUGUUCCAUGCUUGAGUGACACGAGACUAGCGCAGUCAGCGAGUACAUCAUUUGCUGACAUUUGUGACACGUGUCGCGAAUCCUUGGUAGCUGAAUUAAGUGAUCUGAUGCAAGUGUAUGCCGCUAUGGCCAAUUCCCAUAUCAAGCCGCCCAUAUUACAAAAAGUAGUAGAGUCUGUAGCUGACGUCAUUCAAGUACUUCCACCGGAAAGAGCUAUUGCACCUUUGAUGUCAUUGACAGGAGACAUCCUCCAAGGAAUUGCAGUCGCGCUCAAUUCCACAGAUAAUCAAGAGAUAAUACGAGAGAGACUACUUGAACAGCUUCAGUAUUUAUCUGCAUGCUGCCGAGGUAUUCAAUCACCAAAUGAUGACUACCAGUCGCUGAAUGAGCGAAUGUCAGUGUAUGACGCUUUUGCAAGCGGACAAUUGGCGAGUAUGUACGCCAGCAUAGAGGGGUUUAACGAGAUGAUCUAUGCGAUCCGAGAAUCAUCCAUGAGGAUUGCACAAACAUGGGCAAAUGAUGAAAAAAUUGCGAAAGGAUUGUCUCAUUUUCUUGAUAUGGGCAUGAAGUCAACGAGUCCAUUGAUGAGUUUAAGGUUUGAAGACCUUGCCGCUCUGGUUGAGUCUGCGUAUCAGACAGCUCCUUAUUCAUGCUGGCUGGACACGGCCUCUUUGAUCAUGAAUGUGUACGGAGGACAAGAUUAUCAUCGACUUCGAGAUUUGUUGGGCACAUUAACGAACAAGACAUUUGAGUUUAUCCAUGGAGCUGAAGCAAUGGAGCAAUAUCCCGAUAUAGUAGACAGCUACUUUAGCUUACUUUCUAGAACCAUUCGACGAUGCCCACUGGCAUUUUAUGAAUUACCAAGAGAGAUGAUUCAUAUUAUUUUUAUGUUUGUUAUCGCUGGUAUGGGACUACAAGAGAGAUUAGCAUUGAAGGCAGCCUUGAACUUUGUGGCUGACUUUGUAAGCCAAGAGUUGGAUGAGACUAAAGCCAAGGCAGUGGAUGAAAUAAUGAUGACUAUGGGAAUACAAAUAAUGGAACAAUUAUUGAUGGGAAUUGGUGGUCGUGUGCCUAGAUCUUUUUCAGGUCCGCUGGUGGAUACAUUAUAUAAAAUGAUUGGUAGAUACUUGGAACCUAGUAGACAAUGGCUUCAAACACUUUUGGCCAAUGACCAGUUUCCUUCAGUGAUGGUGUCAAAAAGUGAUAAGGAGAUGUUUCUUAAAGGAGUGCUCGGAACAAGAUCUUUAAAGAGAUUUAAGGAAAAUGUGAAUACAUUUUCAAUCAAAUGCCGUGGAUUAGGUAACGCUAGCUUUGGUAAAGUAUAAGCUUUUGUUACUUUUUGAAAGAGAAAGAGUAAGCAAAAAAAAAAAAACGUGAACCCAUCUUCUAUGUUGCAUGUGUUACCAUCAAAAAUUAUAUUUUAUAAUUUUAUAUUCCUCUUCUUUCUUUCUUUCUUUCUCUCUCUCUC